AGCCAAAGAAGACAAGAUCGGGUUACAAGAUGGCGCCCGGUGGACGUUAGCGAGGAGGCCGCCGUAGUUGUUGUGUUUCUGCCAUUUUUUUUUUUUAUUACUCCGAACGAGGGCUGCCCUCUGGCUUGUUCCGCCGCCGGGCAUGUUAAGGAAGCAGUAGACGUUUCUGGGACACUUUUUUUUCUUCUUCCAACUGUAGUUUGACGCUGCAUGUUCCAUAACAUGCGGCUACCAACAAAGUUGUCAGGCUAAAAAGCAAGACGGCUAAAAGGCGCAGUAGCUCGUUAGCAGCAAAGCUAGCCUGCUAGCUCCCCGACUCUCGUCAACAAUGUCGGACACUCGGCGGCGAGUGAAGGUUUAUACGCUAAACGAAGACCGACAGUGGGACGACCGGGGCACCGGGCACGUUUCGUCCACCUUCGUGGAGCGCCUAAAGGGAAUAUCUUUGUUGGUUCGGGCGGAAUCGGACGGAUCACUUUUGUUGGAGUCCAAGAUUAGCCCAAAUACUGCAUAUCAGAAACAGCAAGACACACUGAUCGUCUGGUCCGAGGCUGACAAUUAUGACCUGGCUUUGAGUUUUCAGGAGAAAGCGGGCUGCGAUGAGAUCUGGGAGAAGAUUUGCCAGGUGCAAGGGAAGGACCCCGCUCUAGACAUCACCCAGGACCCCAUUGACGAGUCAGAGGAGGAGCGUUUUGAGGAGAUCCCAGAGACGAGCCACCUCGUCGAGCUACCGCCCUGCGAGCUGAGCCGCCUGGAGGAAAUAGCUGACCUCGUGACGUCGGUGCUGUCGUCGCCCAUUCGCAGGGAAAAGCUGGCCUUGGCCCUCAUGAGCGAGGGCUACCUCAAGAAACUACUGGGCCUCUUCAGAGUGUGCGAGGACCUGGACAACAGGGAAGGCCUCCAUCACCUCUACGAGAUCGUCCGGGGCGUCCUGUUCCUCAAUAAAGCCGCGCUCUUUGAGGUGAUGUUCUCCGACGACUGCAUCAUGGACGUGGUGGGCUGCCUGGAGUACGAUCCGGCGCUGGUCCAGCCCAAGCGUCACCGAGAGUUCUUGACCAAGACAGCAAAGUUCAAGGAGGUAAUCCCCAUCACAGACUCUGAGCUGCGGCAGAAGAUCCACCAGACCUACCGGGUGCAGUACAUCCAGGACAUCAUUCUGCCCACGCCGUCGGUCUUUGAAGAGAACUUCCUGUCCACGCUCAACUCCUUCAUCUUCUUCAACAAGGUGGAGAUCGUCAGUAUGUUGCAGGAGGAUGAGAAGUUCCUCACAGAAGUUUUUGCGCAGCUCACAGAUGAAGCCACAGAGGAGAGUAAACGACGAGAACUUGUAAACUUCGUCAAGGAGUUUUGCGCUUUCUCGCAAACGCUGCAGCCUCAAAACAGGGACGCCUUCUUCAAAAUGUUGGCAAAUCUCGGCAUCCUGCCUGCGCUGGAAAUAGUCAUGGGAAUGGAUGACCUGCAGGUGAGGGCAGCAGCCACUGACAUCUUCUCCUACCUGGUGGAAUUCAGCCCGUCCAUGGUCCGAGAGUUUGUCAUGCAGGAGCCACAACAGACUGAUGAUGACGUCCUACUCAUCAACGUUGUGAUCAAGCAGAUGAUUUGCGACUCUGACCCCGAGUUAGGCGGUGCCGUCCAGCUGAUGGGUCUGCUCAGGACGCUAAUCGACCCUGAGAACAUGCUAGCCUCCACCAAUAAAACGGAAAAGACUGAGUUUCUGAGUUUCUUCUACAAGUACUGCAUGCACGUUUUAACAGCCCCACUGUUGGCAAACACGGCUCAGGACAAAAACUCAAAGGAUUUACAAGAGGGAUCCACCAAGAUCAACCCCGUUUGUCCAGAUAACUUUCAGACUGCUCAACUGUUGGCUCUGAUCCUGGAGCUGCUGACCUUCUGUGUGGAGCAUCAUACGUACCACAUCAAGACCUACAUCAUGAAUAAAGACCUGCUGAGGAGAGUGCUUGUGCUCAUGAACUCCAAGCACACCUUCCUCGCUCUCUGUGCUCUGCGAUUCAUGCGCAGGAUUAUCGGCCUGAAGGACGAGUACUACAACCGCUACAUAAUAAAAGGGAACCUGUUUGAGCCGGUCAUCAACGCCCUGCUGGACAACGGCACGCGAUACAACCUCCUCAACUCGGCCAUCAUCGAACUCUUUGAGUUCAUCAAAGUGGAGGACGUCAAAUCCCUCAUCGCUCACAUAGUGGACAACUUCUACAAAGCACUUGAACCCAUUGAGUACGUGCAGACCUUCAAGGGCCUGAAGGGUCGGUACGAGCAGGAGAAAGACAGGCAGAGUCAGAAACUCACGAGAUAUCGUAGAGACGCUCGAUCUUUAGACGAGGACGAAGAGUUGUGGUUCAACGACGACGAAGACGAUGACGAAGCUGAGACCGUGGACAAGAGUCGAAUGGAAGACGACUACUCCGACGGCUACGGCAAGUACAUGGAGGCCAAAAAAGCAGGUGCCGCUAACGGAGCAAACAACGGUAAAGCUGCCGCUCUACCGCCCACCUCGCCUCCCUCCUCACCCAACAACAGCUCGGUAUCCUCGGUCAAGACGGUCGCUUUGCCCGCCUCUCCUGUGGUGAAGACCGCUUUGGUGGGUUUGGUGGACUACCCUGACGAUGAGGAUGAAGAAGAGGAAGACGAGGAGGAGGAGGAGCAGUCUCCAAGGAAGCGUCCUCGCCUGAGCUCUUAAAGGCCCGAUGUCCCCAAUGUCACCUUGGUCCUGCUGGGACGGACGUCACGGUCCCUCCUGUCCUCCAGCUGGAAGUGUCACUGGUCCCUUGUAGCUGCUGGGACCACGUCAAGGCGGAUUUAAGACCACCUCGCUCCAUCGUGACCUUCACUAACCUUUAACUAACUCACAGCUCGCCUCCUCCAUCGCUGUCCCAGGUCCGAAACCGCACCGUCCUCCGUCCCGACACCACCAGGGAGGCCGCAGCGGAAAUACAAGUGCCAAGGCCGGCUCCUCUAUCUGCUCCGUUGCUAUAGCAACGGCAGCCCGACAGGACCCGCCUCGCUCCCCACACCCACGCUUCUGAGCUCCGAGACGGAGACAACCCGUGGACACGCCGUGCCACACAGGCCAGUCAGGCUAGCAGGACUAGCCCUCGUAGUUGUUAGAACGCUUGACUGGCCGCUCCCUCCCAUUGGCUCCCCUGGACGAGGUCACGCAUGUCUAACUAGGAACCAGGAAGCGAGCACACAAGACACGUCUCUCACCACUUUGUUCAGAAGUACUGUACAGACCACCUUCUCUUCCCUUUUUAAAGCAUCGCCCCGUUCUCCUUUGGAAAGGGAGAGAGCGACACUCGCCCAUGUGUGUCUUUUUUUAUUUGAUUUGAAAUCAUCGCACGGCGGUGGUGUCACUGUUCUCCCUUCCGGUUCAGGUCAUUUGAUUCUAUGUAAGUUGCAAAUGCUGGUUUUAAAAAAACAAACAUUAAAACUGCAGUCAAUUCACUUUUGCAGCCAACA